GUGGUAGCGGAGAUUAACAGUGUUCACUAGCUAGCUGGGGGAAAAAAGCGUCUGGCCAACGCUAAAAAAUAAUAACGCAAACUGAAGGUUUUUGAGUUCUUAUUUUACCGCAGACUUCUGAGAUUUCUCUAGCAGAAGAUUUAUCUUUAAAACCAAAGGAACAAAAUGUAUGCUCUUGAUUCCCACAAAACUUUCCCAUUUUGACACUCAUGGAAGUUUAACAGCUGUAGAGUCUUACCAAAAAUGUUAUACUGCAGUCAUCUCUUGGUUUGUCUAUUGGGGGAUCAUCCGUGGGGCGGAUUUGUCCUGCCCUGGAUUCAGAGGCAAUGGAGCUGGGUCUGCAUGAAGCAGGCUGCAUUAUGAAUGGCCUGGCAGCACCCAUGUGGCUCUGUAAAAUUGUCAGCUUUGAGUGUCUGUUCCCUAGUCAGAAGUCUCUCAGCAUUUCUUUUCUCCACUAUAACCUUAUUGUGGCUGAAUCUACAUCUAAUUUAUAUCAUCCAUGUUUCGGGUUAUUUUACCUUCCCUCCAUUAUGUUGGAUAAGCCAGAGCUGGCUGUAGUCCUCUGGCUGUUCACGGUUCUGAGUAAGUCAGUGUAACACUCUAGGGAAAUUAUGUAUUGCAGAUUGAUUGGUUCCGUAGCUAUUUUAUUGACUGUUGAUGUUCUUAUGAUUAUCUUUGCUGAGCUAUUGUUUCACACUGUGCACUGAUAGGAAAUGAGGAGAGAGGUGCCUGCAUGCCUGGACUGAGUGUCUAAUGUGUCCUGGCCUUCUGACUAGGUUUAUCUGAGCAGUACUGUAGGCAUACUAAAGAAAGUGCUUGAACCUGGGAAGCUUAUUUUUGCCUAGUAACAAAGGAAGAGGGGACUUGAAAUUUUCAGUAAGUCAGCUGACAAGCAAUCUAAAGUUGAUUUUAAAAAAGCCUUUUCUGCAGCCAAGAGUGCCUGAAAAGGAACCAUGCUAUAUGGAAAUACCCUCUGAAGAUAGGAAACUCAUAGAAGGCUUGGGUCAAAUACAGUCUUUCCAUCCAUUUCUUCUCCCUCACUGCCCCCUGCCGUGAAAGGAGAGGAGACUGAAGCCAGGAUCACCAGAGCAGUGUUUUUCUUCACAAGGGUACAUCCCUUGUGCUGUAUAAAAUGCAGAAUAAUUGUGUUGGAAGUUGUUUGCACAGUAUUACGUGCAAUUAUCAUGAAGAAGUAAAGCUAGGGAGCCCAUAGCUGGGCAUACUUGAGAAUGACAAGAUUAAUCUGUGGGAAAGUUUGGAAGACAUUAGUCAUGUGGAUGUUGAGAUCCCACUUUUGGGAUGGAGUGACAAGGAAAUGAAACGCAUAGACCGAACAGCUAGUGCUUUAAUAAACUGAGACCGCAGGAUGACUAAGAGGACCCAGUGGAGUAGCUUGAUAGGGAUCUGGAAAUGGGAAGUUAGACGUGGGCUGCGAAGGUCUGAUGCACAAACAUCUGGACUGCUGUGAGAGUAGGAAAGAUAGAGGCUGGAGGAACACCUUGGGCCAUUAAGUUUGCUAAAAUGAAAUUUUGGUUUAUGAUUUCUCUUAUAAGUGUCAAGUGGCAUUUUGCAUUAAAAGAAUAAUCUGGCUUGUGCAUUCUCUGUUUCUGUACUUACAUGGUUAAGAAUUAAUCCAUUCUCCUUUGCUAAUACAGUGCAGUGAUUCUUACUACGAGUAUGAGAUAUUUCUAAAUAAAGCUAUUGGAUCUAGAUUAUGGAGUGGUUUGGCCUGUGUUGAAAUCAUUAGGAAUAACACCCAUACAAGUCCGCGUAAGCUGUAAAAUUUGUCUGCAAGUACAAUUUGAUGGCAGAUUCAUAGGGUGAUUUAUACUAGACCUCACCAUAGUCUAGGAAGAGUUUUGGCCAUGUCAUAAACAGAGAAUAUCAUUUCUCAAAAUACUUAGAGCAGUUAUUAAUUAAUACCCAAGUGAGGGGUUGACUGGCAUUGUAGUGUUGAAAAGUAUUUAUCUGUUGAAAAAUGUAACUGCCUUGAGCCCAAUAUUUCUGUAUAUUAAAGAGAGUGCAUUCUGAAGCUGCAGUGAAGAAGAACUCUGCUGUUGACCUCAGAGGAGCCAGGAUGGGACUGGUGAAAACAGAAUGGAUCAUGUGCAAGCAAUGCAGGAAAGAAAAGCUCUUCAUACUUUACUGGCAAAACGGCAGGAAGAUCUGCCUCCUAGGAGAAUGAAAGAUAGCUACUUGGAAGUUGUCCUACCUCUAGGAAGUCAACCUGAAAUAAGAGAAAAGUAUCUGAAUGUGCACAACAGUGUAAGGUUUGGAAGAAUUCUUGAAGAUCUUGACAGUUUAGGAGUUCUUAUUUGCUACACUCACACAAAGCAGGAAGCACAGCCAAGGUCUCCCUUAUCAAUCGUUACAGCCCUCGUGGAUAAAAUCAAUUUGUGCAAAAAGAUUAUAUAUCCAGACGGUGACAUCAAAUUCACAGGCAAUGUUUCCUGGGUUGGCAGGACCUCAAUGGAAGUGAAGAUGCACAUGCUGCAGCUACAUGAUGGUGACUACAGCCCGGUAUUAGAUGCAACCUUUGUCAUGGUGGCCCGGGAUCCAGAAAACAAACGGCCAGCAUUUGUUAAUCAACUAAUUCCUGAGAGCCCUGAGGAAGAAGAAAUCUUCAAGCAAGGGGAAUUGAACAAGACAAGGAGGAUUGAUUUCAGCACUGCUUCCUUACUGAAGAUGGCUCCCACAGCAGAAGAAAGAAACAUUGUUCAUGACAUAUUCCUUAAUACGUUGGACACAAGGACAGUAAGUUUCCGGAGUCGUGUAUUACCACCCAAUUCAAUGUGGAUGGAAGAUGCAAAGCUGAAGAGCCUACAGAUUUGCCACCCUCAGGAGCGGAACAUCUUCAAUAGGAUCUUUGGGGGUUUUCUCAUGAGGAAAGCAUUUGAACUGGGAUGGGCAACUGCUUGCAGCUGUGGGGGUUCCAGACCUUUUAUCGUAUCUGUUGAUGAUAUCAUGUUUCAGAGGCCAGUUGAGGUUGGAUCCUUACUACUGCUUUCUGCACAGGUUUGUUACACGGAAAAAAACUAUAUCCAGGUUCGAGUACACAGUGAGGUUUAUGAUGCAGAUACCAGAGAGCACCACACAACCAAUAUCUUCCAUUUUACAUUUAUAUCAGAAAAGGAGGUCCCACGGGUUGUCCCUAAAACGUAUGGAGAGUCCAUGUUGUAUUUAGAUGGGAAGAGACACUUUGCUGCAACCAUGAAAGAAAUCUGAGGCACUGAAUGCGCAUCAACAGUGUAGCAGCAUGCGGUCUUUGAAAGGCAGCUGUCACCAGAGAUGACUACCAGACAGAUGCCUGCAGUACCAAAAAAAAAAAAAAAAAAAGAGUUCCUUUUUAGCACUAUUUAUGUAUUUGCCUAUAAGUGGAUUUCUUAUUCUCUGCUACGAGCAUUUUUUUUUAGAAAUCUACUUUGACGCAGCAACUCUUUUAGGAAAAAAGUCUGAAAAAAUACCAUCUUAAACUUUAGAAAGCUUCUGUCUGUCUGCUUUGAGAGAUCUCAUUACCACCUUUGCUGUCUUGUCACCAUCUGCCUUAUUUCCCUUGAUAGUUCCCUGUUGUGCUUCACUGAUAAGAGAUAGAAGUUCUAUCAGAAGAAUAUGGGCAAUAAGUAUAUAAACACAGGUGAAGCCGUUUGACAAACAUUCUUGUGUAAAUUAGGUUUAGGUUUUUUUUUUUUUUUUAUCAAAGACACAAGCAUCUGAACAGCAGCAGAAGCUCACAAAUGAUUAGCGUGUGCACACAAUAUUAGUUUGUGCCAUAUACAAGCAGGCAUUUUUCCAUCAUCUGGGAUUUUACAGGGUUGUUGCAGCUUCUAUUUUGGAUGGUUUCCUGUUCCCUUGGGAGUAGACUAUUUUUUUGUAAUGAAAUCAAAUGGCCAGAAGGGCUGUUCUGGCAUUCUGUUUGCAUACAGCCAGUCCUGCUAGCCUCUUCUAAAAACUUUUUUUUUCUUUGCUAUAACUGCAAGUGUGUUCCUGAAUGAAUUGUUCCUGAUGAUCUGUAGAGCAGAGAUCUGACGGAGAUUGGGAAAGGACGUUGUGGAGCGGAACAGUUCGGUUUGUUUGGGGUUGGGAGCAGAGAAGGGAAAACGCUAUUAAAAUCGUUAAUGGUUGUAUUUGAUUGAUGCAGGAGUCAGGAGUCCAGAGAAUCUGUGUUGAGCAGCUCCCAAGUCAGCUGCUGAAAGGCAAGAGAACUGUUACUCCCCUGUGGGGGAAUAGCUAUACCACCCCUAUAUGGGGGUAGACUCUGCUGGACUAUGAGUAUUGCAGUGCUUUAGAGGUUGUGAAGUUUAUUUGUGAAGGACAGCCACGAUCACAAAAUUGGAUCUCUGAUACCUUCAAAUCAAGACUGAUGUCCUGUGUGAUCAAGACGCCCAAACAGGAGUAGCUGGGCUCAGCGGUAGGUUAAAUGCAUGAACUAUCAUGUCUUACAGUGCAGGGAAAUAAACUCAGCUGUCCCUUGGAGGUUUAAAAUCUCCAAAAUGGGGAAGCAGCAGGUAGAUUUGGUGUGACUCAGCAAAGAUGCAUGAAACAGGUUGAUAAAGUAAAGCAAUGUGAUGAGAUUUAAUUUCAAAGUAGGAAAAUUUGAAAAAUUCAUGAUUAGGACCAGCUUUUUCUGGUGCUGGAAUGAUAGUGUGAAGUUCAUGGCUCGUAAAAACCGAUUGCCGUUCAUGGAAGGGGAAUGAGCGUUCUGUCAAUCGGCAUGUUAUGCAUUGGCCUUUCCUUUCCAAGAUUCUCCUGCAUGUGUAUUUAUGAGUUAAGCAGCUUUCCAGUAGAGAAACAGUGGUGUUACCUGAUACAGAUUGGAUUGAUGCAUUGCAGUAAUAGUAUGCUCCCUGCUCUUUAUAGAGAGUUCCUUGCUUCAGCCACACUCCAUUGCAGAUGCAGCUGUAUGAUCUUAUAAUCCUUUUCUUUAACGGUUAUGGAACUGUGGGUAUGUAUGAUGUGUGCAUUUUCUGUUUUCCUCCUCUUCGUACUCUCAAACUCUUUGGAAGCUGAACAUAUUUGAUCACACAAAUAAAGAACUGAAAUUCUA